UUAAAAAACAUCAUCACAAAAAUGAAAAAAAUAAAAAAAAUAUUAAAAAUAAAGAAAUUCUUGAUUCUGAUGAGGAUGAUGAAUUAGUUAUUCCAACAUUUGGAGAACAUCCAGGUUUCAUGCCUAUUGUAAUGCACAAAUUAACUGAACACAAGAUAAAAAGCUCUGAAUUAAUUAGUAAACGUUUGGAAAGUGCAAAGGAUGUUCGCAAUUUAUUGUGGACAGCUGUGGCUGUUGCAGAGAGAAAAUUGGUUGAUAAUAGAAAGGGUGUUAAGAUUGUGGAUAAAGGGACACAGACUUGUUUGUUAGAAUUUAUUGCUCGUAUGGUUGGUGGGGCUUAUACUCCUUUUGCUUUCAUUAAGGAAGACAGUAAGAAUUUUAAAAGUAACAUGUUCCCUCCAUUAUCCUGGGUUUGGGGUUGGCAAGAAUUGGAGGCCUUAGGGGAGAGGUAUAGUAGAGUUAAACACGUUUAUCAUGAUUGAGCCGUGAUUAACCCCUUUUUAAUCUUUGGUUUUUACAGUGUUGUGCCCAGGAAUGGGCCGUUUCGCAAAAAGUCAGGUCAGGGUUCGGAUAGAGGAUUUAAAAUUUUUUUUUCAGAUAGGGGUUCAGAUCGAAAAAUAGUGAUGGUCUUGGGGGUUUCCGAUCGGGUCAGUUAAAAGGUUCGAAUUUAACCCUGAGCUCAAAAAGGUAAGACAGUAAGAUUGGAAGUCUGGGGGAGGGAGGGGGCGUAUCACCCAUACCUGUUACCCACCUCUACAAUGGACGUUGCUUCUUCCAGUGCCGCCCGUCUGCUUUAUCUACUCCGCCUUCUCCCUUUCGAUUUUCAAUUUCACUUUGUCUCUGACCCUUCAACCCCUAACCUUUACUCAUUAAUCCUUUAUAAAUUCCAUAAAAUAUCCAAAAAUAAAUUUUUUAGCUCACCAUCACCACCAUAUUACCUCAUUUAUUUACGCAUUACG